UUUACAGGUGUGAAGAUGUUAGUUCGCUAGAUCGUUAGACUGACAAAUUGUGAAACCACUGAAUGGUUCGUGCUAUUUUUUCCCUCUUUACUAUGGGCGCAUCGCCAUGACGUCAUCGCCCCAAUGUCAACAAUGUAGCAAUUUAGAGGAGGCGCGUGCUGGAAAUGCCACAAUCAGCAAAGAGCAAAGCAAAAGCACGCGGUCUCGAAUGUAACUCAACACAGACGGAGACUGAACCCGCCGUUCCUCCGGCUUCAUAGACAACAAUAACCCUGCACGCUCCUCCAGCUGCUAGCGAAGCGCGAAGAAAGAGACCAUGUGAAGGCGUCUUGCAGAACAUCUUCGUGCGGGAACGAGUGAAAGUUUAGGCUCUGAGCAAGGAAUGUCUACGGAGGAGAAGCCUGAAGCUCCCAUGUAUGUCUAUGAGUCGACAGUGCAUUGUGCCAAUAUCCUCCUGUGCCUGAAUGAACAGCGAAAGCAGGACGUCCUGUGUGAUGUGACAGUGCUGGUGGAGGGGAGGGAGAUCCGUGCCCACAGGGCAGUGCUGGCAGCUUGUAGCCAGUAUUUCUCCCUGCUGCUCAGGAGCCAGACGGAAAAUGAGCCGGUCAUCAACCUGCCACAGAAGAUCACGGAGAAAGGCUUUACCCCACUGUUGCAGUUUGCUUACACAGCCAAGCUGCUGCUCAACAGGGACAACAUCCAGGAUGUCAUGUGUUGUGCUGAAUUCCUGGGAAUGCACAACCUCGAAGACUCCUGCUUCCGCUUCCUACAGGCCCAGAUGAAAAGUGAGGCUGAUGGCAUGCAGACCAGCCAGAAUCCACCAUCACCUCAGAGUCUGGUUCAGAACCAUCAUGAUAAUGGAUUAGAGGAUGCAAAUGUGCAGCCAAAUGACUCCAAACCACCACUGCCUGGAUCAAGGCUGCACCCUGAAACUGAGCAAUUAAAAGUCACCACCAACCUGCAUCAAUCAGACCAAGCCCCAGCUUUUGACCUCCCUCGUUAUCCCAAAUAUAGAAAGUACCAUCAGGUUCUUGCUAAGCACAACACAACCACCUCCUCUCACAGCAGUACCUCAAGCUUACAUGGCUCCCUGCAGGAUACCGUCACCAGCAGCGAUGCCCAGGGCCUUAAUCUUUCCAAGGUUAAAGCAGAACCAGCAAGUGGGGAAGAAUGUGUGCCUCUAGACUUGUCCAAGUUGGAGCAGGACGGUCUGGUUGGGGGUAAAGGGAGUGAGAUGGAGAUGGAAAUGGAGUUUGAAGGAAGACAACUUAGUUCAACACCCAUCGAAUUGGCUGUGAGCAAGCGAUCACCAGUGUGCCUGCGCUCCCUUGUUAAAAAGGAAGUCACAUCUUCAGAUCAUUGUCUUACCGCUGAUCUGCAACUCACCAGCAGAACCUCUCCACUUCAAGAACCACAAGUUGCUCCAAAUGACUUCCAAAAAGACUAUCAGGCCUUCGUUGGGGGACUUGGAGUGACCGCCUCAAAGACGGCUGAGAAAUUAACCGAUGGUAUGUCACUCAAGUCACUUUCCUUUGAGAGGAUCUGUUCCCAAGAAUCUGAACGGGAGAGUGACAGAAGAAGUGUUAUCUUCUCCUCUCAAGCCCCUUACCAUCUGGCGGCACCCGCACACUCUUAUCCGGGUGAGAGCUGUUUGGGCCAGGAGACCCCAGAUGACUUAUGGGCAGGUUCCAGCCAGUCGUUCCCCUGCUCCCAAGCACUGUCCCCAACUUCUGUCUCUCAAGAGCCCACAUUGCCCUACCGCCGCCGGCCAAAGAGCAGCUGUCCGGUGCCCAUUAAAAUGUGUCCCCGUUCAUCUCGUGCCGAGAGCCACAUCAGAACCUCCAGCUCUUGCUCUUCCUACUCCUACGCUGAGGAUGGCAGUGGAGGAUCUCCUUCCAGCCUGCCCCAGUUUGAGCUCUCUACCUCUCCUUGUUCCACCAUGGCACGAUGCCUGGCCCUUGAACACCAGGAGCAUAGCAUGUCAGGGCCACCAAAGAUCAAGUGCGAGAAGUCGUACGACACCAAUUCCAGUGACGAAUCUGAAUCUUUUUCCGAUGGAGAUAGCGAAUCCUUUCCCACCAAAGAGCACACUCAAGAGGUGAAACUGCCUUUCUCAAUAGACCAGAUCACAGAGCUUCCACGCAAUGACUUUCAGCUGAUGAUAAAGAUGUAUACGCUGACCUCAGAUCAGCUAGACUUCAUCCACAACAUGAGACGCCGCAGUAAAAACCGCGUCGCAGCUCAACGCUGCAGGAAAAGAAAGCUGGACUGCAUCCAGAACCUGGAGCAUGAGAUUCACAAACUGGUCUGUGAGAGACAGAAGCUCCUAACCGAACGCAGCCAGCUGAAGAUCUGCAUGGGGGAGCUGUGGGAAAACUUCUCCUUUUUGUCUCAGGAGGUCUGUAGGGAAGAACAGCUGAGUCCAGGACAGUCUCAAUCACUGUAUAAUUUACACCCAGACCCAGUUUCACCUGGUCCAGACCCUCGAAUCUCUCCCAAUCCCACCAGUAUAGACAUCACUCUCACCUCACACAACAACGUGGUGUCGUCCCCAGGCUUAAAUGACUGCCAGGCCAUAGUCGAACCACCACACUCACACCUCAGAGUGGACAGAGAGGCUGUGCCACCCCAAGACACUGUCACCUCUGAGAGGUCAGAACCUUCCCAUAUGGGCAGCUCAAGUGUGACGACUGAUUUCUGCCUGGAAAUGACCGAGAAGUGUACGACAGAAGAGCUGCCUGAGAGAAACUGAGUACGGUAAACUGCAUUCAUAUCUUUUAUCAUGACAAGUGGUUCUGUGUGCUCAAAUGUUACGGUUGUUUUUUUGUUUUUUUUGCCAGUGUUAAGUUUUGUUUGUCACUGCUUUAGGGGACUGUUCUGUUGUUACGCCCAUGGUGCAUCACCUGAUGUGUUUUUGUUUGUGUGUGCUUAUGGAUUUGUUCUCAUACAUGUUGUAUAGGAUGCUAAAGUCAUUUUGUUUUUAUAACAUUACAUUUUUGUUUUUUUUCAUAUUCAUUAUAUGGUAUCUGGUUCUCAGAUUUAUCUCAGGAAUUGCAGGAUUUUUUUUUUUUUUUGGUAAUUGUUAAUCAAUCAGCAUAUGCAAAUGUGAUAUUGAGUGGUGGAAGUGUUUUGUAUCUAUUGUACAUUUAAGCAUUCCUUACAAAAUGUAAUAAUGGAGAAACUAAACAGCUGCUCACCUGAAUUUGCAAGAAGCCAAGCAAUCUGGUUGUCAACAUGGAAAAAUCAACAUCUGAUCUCUUUCUGAAAUAGUACAAUGGAGAGCUCUUCUACAAAAUAGAUGAUGAAGCAAUGAUGAUUAGCUGCCUAAAUGUUCCCUCAAGCAUUUUUUGAUGAAGCAUCAUUUGAUAUGGAAGCAAUUUCAUAUAUUUUUUUUGGGAUGCUCAGUUUUCUAGACUGUUAAAAUGAUUGAUCAGGGAUGUUUGUUGUAUAUAAAACCCUCCAAGCAAACUUUAGUAAAUUAAGUUAUUAUACAUAUAACUUGGUUCAUUUUGGCAGCUCAUACUUAGAUCUCUUAGAUCUGAUUUGAUUACUUCAGGGUGUUAUGCACAUUAUAAUUUUACUGGGGUCAGAAAUCAAAGCAAAUUUUUAAAUUUUUUGGAGGGGGGGGGGGGGGGGGUUUGCAGACCUUAAUCAUUUUUUAAAUGUUAAAAAGUUUGUAUACUUAUCCACAGUCCACUCUGGUCCUAAUAUUUUCACUUUUAAAAGUUCUCAGUUCACUCCCUCAGUCAGUUCGGUGUAAUUUCCGCUAGUCUUAUAACACUUUUACAUGUUUGCUUUAAUAGCAUGGUGAAAAUUCAAGCCUUAAGGUAAAAACAGUUGGAAAAGCUUAAUGCUGGAUUUCUAUUUUUGUUUCUAACAUUGUUGUUGCUUUAAGCUACUGCGUGUAGGAGCCACUCAUACUGUAUGUGCACUGACACAAUUAAGUUCAAAGGUGAGAUGGGGUAUAUGUUUUAAUGUUUUAAUUAAUUUAGUCUGUUUACUUUAAAUUAUCGUGUACUGCAUGAUUUCAAUAAAAUGUAAGACUUUUUAAUAUUUUGUUUUACCAAAAGUUUUGGGAAUCUGAUCGAACAUGUUAGCACAUAGUAAGUUCAUACUGGGAAAAAUCAAUCAAAAAUCUCAUAUAGUCAUGUAGGUUAAUUUGUACCCCAUAAAAGCUGACUCUCAUAAAAUUGACUGUCAAGACUUCAAACAUGUCUUCAUAAUGUAAAUUCUUCAGAAUUCUGUGCAUAUUCUGUGUUUUUAUUCUCAUGACCUUUGAGUACGGAUUUGGAUAAAUCAGGCAUCAUGCCUUUGUUAUAUGAUGCACCACAGUUGUGAUAUGAACAUUGUAAUAAGGGCAAAAAUGAAUAUUGGUUAUUAGUUUACAUGCAGUAGGGAGAGUUUUGACAUUCACAGAUCUACCUGUAAAAUCGAUAUACCUCUCGUCUCGGACAAGGUCUGUAGCAGAACUGGUUUACAACCUUUUUAAAAGACGUUUUACAGUCGUUUCUUUUAUGUAGAUUUUGUAUGUAUUGUACAUAUUCUGUUUAUAGAUAUUUGUGGGAUUCUUUGAAAAUGAUUGUUUUUGCUUUCUUUUGUUAAUCCAAUCUUGAAAAGUUGUGACCUCAUUGUUCAUAAUCUGUAUUUGUUACAUUUCUUGAAUGUGUCCACAUUGAAUUUGUCUACUAGGAUGUUAAAUAAAUUGCCGAGCAUGUUUUAUGCAGA